CAACCCUUGUUUUCCUUAACAAAAAUUUUCAGCUUUUCGUAUUGAACUUCAGCCAAAAAAAAUCGGCGCAAACAAACAUCUUUUUCCCCUCUCCAUCGUCUCCGAUAACCAAAACCUUUUCCACCGUACUUUUUCUUUUGUCGCCAUGUCGUCCCAGAACACCGAGUCCCGUGUCAUCAACGCUCCCGUCCAGAAGGUGUGGUCCGCUCUGCGUGCCCAGGAUUUCAAGUUCUGGUCGCUGGUCAAGACCGUCGAGCAGACCGCCUCUGCUACCGAGGUCGGCAGCACCCGCAAGGUGACCUUCACCGACGGCACCGUCCAGGACUACCGUCUGGUUGAGUUCUCCGAGCUGCACAACACCCUGACCUACGAGAUUGUCGACUCGGAGCCCGCUGUCCCCGUGCUCUCUGCCCAGCACACCAUCCGUGUGUUCCGCGUGUCGGCCGAUGACUCGACCUUUGUCCAGUGGUCGUCUGAUUUCAGCUCGGUGGGCUCGGAGGCCGCCGUCGCUGACUCCAAGUACAAGAAGCUGGAGGCCCUGGCUGAUCUGGCUAAGGCUCUGGAGAACUAA